AUGUUCGCUACCGGAAGAAAGCCCAGCAGCAAGGACCUCGGUUUAGAGGAGGCGGGUGUCAAGACGGACCCCAAGAGCGGCAAGAUCUUCGUGGAUGAGAACAGCCGCACCAAUGUAGACAGCAUCUUCGCCAUCGGCGAUGUGACUGACCGGAUCCAGUUGACCCCAGUGGCCCUGAUGGAGGGCAUGGCCAUGGCGAAGACCAUGUUUGGCGAGGGCCCAGCAGUGCCUGACUAUGAGAACGUGCCUAGUGCCGUGUUCAGUCAGCCGCCCUGCGGCACUUGCGGGCUCACGGAGGCGGCUGCGGCUACAAAGUAUGGCAGUGUCGACGUCUACGUGACAAAGUUCAAGCCCAUGAAGCACACAAUGCCAACCGGCCGUGGGGACGAGGACGACAGUGAAGCUGCUGGAAGCUUCCGUUUCUUGUGA